AUGGCUACUUUGUCCACAUGCUUUGUGGAGGGAACCAGUUAUAUGAGAAGCGGAGAGGAAGAAGAUGGGAAUAAAGAAGUUAAAGAGGAAGAAAAAGAUGAAUCAGCUGUCCAGACGCAACAAAGACCAGCCUGGGCGCCAUAUUUACACUACAAACCAGACAGAGAGGUGUACCAUUACGUUGGACAGGACAUCGUCAUUGAUGGGGCUCUCGACUCCUAUGCAGGCAUGAUAUGGCCAGGGGCUCUGGCUCUCUGUCAAUACCUGGAAACUCAUCGCGAAGAGUUGAAUCUCGAGGGCAAGGCGGUCCUGGAGAUCGGUGCGGGAACAGGCCUCACGUCUGUUGUAGCGACACUCCUCGGUGCCUGGGUGACAGCCACAGACCUUCCGGAUGUCCUGAACAACCUGAGAGCCAACCUGUUCAGAAACACCAGGGGGCGAUGGAAAUACAUGCCUCAGGUAGCAGCUCUGUCCUGGGGCCAGGACCUGGAGAGCACCUACCCUUCAUCUGUCUACAGGUACGACUACGUGCUGGCAGCUGAUGUGGUCUACCAUCACGAUUUCCGGGACGAGCUGUUGGCCGUCAUGAAGCAUUUCUGCAAACCAGGAACGACUUUGAUCUGGGCCAACAAGGUCAGGUAUGAGACCGAUCUGACGUUCACUGAGAAUUUUAAAAAGGCUUUUCACACAAAACUGCUGGUCGAAGACGGAGAGAUGAAGAUCUUCAUGGCAACAUGUAGAGAAGAGGGAGAAGGUGAUCAGGAAAUUCAAGAUUUGCUGAAAGAGGAGGAAGAAGGAAAGGAGGAGAAGAAGAGAAAAGAACAACUUGGAGAUGAAAAACACAAGGGCGAUGAGCUUCACUCUGUCAGUACAGAACAAAGUAAAGGAAAAGACAUCGAUGUACUAGAAGAACCUCGUGUGUCAGAGCCUGAAAGAGGAGAUGAUAAGGAAGAUAAAAACAAGCAUGAGUCUGAUGGAGAGGAGGAAAUGGUCCAUAAAGAUGACGACUAUAAAGAGGACAAGAAGGAUGAACCAGAUUCAAGUUGUAGCAGCACAGCCAACGAGGAAGACGCUCCAGGACAAACAAACACAAAAACAGCUGAGCAGCAGGACAGCCCACCAGCCUGGGCUUCCAUCAUCAACAGACGCUUUGGUAGAGACAUCUACCAUUACGUAGGGCACGACAUUGUCAUUCAGGAGUCCAUAGACUCGUACGGAGCAGUGAUGUGGCCAGCAGCGUUGGCUCUGUGCUCCUACCUGGAAAACAACAGGAAUACGGUGAACCUGCAGGGAAAGGAGGUGCUGGAGCUGGGAUCAGGAACUGGACUGGUAACCAUUGUGGCCAGUCUGCUGGGAGCUUCAGUCACAGCUACAGACCUACCUGACGUGUUAGGUAACCUCCAGGCCAACGUGACGAGGAACACCAGGCGUUGCAGACACACACCCAAGGUGGAAAUUCUGUCCUGGGGCCACGACCUGGAGCGCACCUACCCUACAUCCCUCUACAGGUACGACUACGUGUUGGCAGCUGACGUGGUCUACCAUCAUGACUUCCUGAACGAGCUCCUGGCCACCAUGAAGCAUUUCUGCACACGAGGAACGACUGUGAUCUGGGCCAACAAGGUCAGGUUUGAGACUGAUCUGACCUUCACUGAGAACUUUAAAAAGGCUUUUCACACGAGUCUGCUGGCCGAAGACGGAGAGAUGAAGAUCUUCAUGGGAACGUUUCGAGGGUGA